UAUGGCAGAAUGGCCCUGUUAAACUUUCCCUGUUUUGCAUUCCCUUCAGGACAGGUGCUCUCUCAGUGCCAGCUCACUGUUUGCCUCUUGUCUCCGGGGCAGGGAGGGGAGUCAACGUCACGGCGGAGGAGGAGGUGGUUAAGAAAGUCAGUCUACCUUUUAAAACUUCACACGCAGAGGGGAUAGGCUUGCAGUUGCUUGCAGACUUCUCCGAAGGUGGAUUGGCUACCUAUUGGCUGUAAGGUCGGCAUGGAAGAAGGGAGUGGAUUAUUGAAAGAAGGCUUUCUUGUUAAAAAGGGACAUGUUGUCCACAACUGGAAAGUAAGAUGGUUUGUUCUUCUCCAAGACAGACUGCUCUAUUAUAAGAUUGUGGGAGGAAAGAAAGAGCUUUCUCCAAAGGGUAGGAUUCUUCUGGAUGGCUGCACUAUGACUUGCCCAUGUUUGGAGUACGAGAACAGGCCGUUGGUCAUUAAACUGAAGACAAAAACCAACACAGAAUAUUUCCUUGACACUUGCUCUCGAGAAGAGCGUGAUGCUUGGGCUCUGGAUAUAACUGGUGCUAUUCAUGCUGGCAACCCAGUGCAAGUCCAGCAACUUCACCUCAUGAAAAAUUCCUUCAAACUGCCCUCGCACAUCAGCCUGAAUCACAUUGUGGACAAAAUGCAUGACCCCAGCAAUGGAAUUAAGCUGACUCCCAACACAGAACAAGGCAGCACAUAUAAAGAAAGCUUUACAGGCUCUAUCCUGGUGGACUGGCUGAUUUCUAAUAGUUUUGCAGCUUCCCGGUUGGAAGCAGUCACCCUGGCUUCUAUGCUGAUGGAUGAAAAUUUCACCAAGCCUGUCGGAGCCCGUAGUGUUGAAGCCAUGAGGAAUGGUGAUUUGGCUGACCAGUUUUUGGAUGACUCUACAGCUCUGUACACAUUUGCUGAAAGCUAUAAGAAGAAAGUCUCCUCCAAAGAAGAGAUUCAUCUUAACAUUCUUGAACUGAGUGGCACCAUUGUAAAACAAGGCUUUUUAAUAAAACAGGGCCACAAGAGAAAAAAUUGGAAGGUGAGGCGCUUUAUUCUGAGAGUGGACCCUGCUUUUCUACACUAUUAUGACCCCACAAAGGAAGGUAACCGGCCAGUUGGGGGAUUCUCUCUCCGUGGCUGCCUUGUCUCAGCAUUGGAAGAUAAUGGAGUCCCAACAGGAGUGAAAGGAAAUGUGCAGGGCAACCUCUUCAAAAUCAUCACAAAGAAUGACAUUCACUACUAUAUACAGGCCAGUUCCAAGGCAGAGAGAGCAUGCUGGAUUGAAGCCCUCAAACAGCUAACAUAAGAAAUGUGCAAAGGUUUAUGUGGAGGACAAAGGGAAACUCAUGACUUAGCUUGCUGCUUUGAGGGUAUACAAUGGUUGGUUUUUUAUAUGUGUGAAUGAGUUGUUUCAGCCAAGCAUGAAGCCUGCAUCUGACAAAUCUAUACCACGAAGGCAGGAAGUUUAAUGUGUGCCUAUUUUAGUCAGGCUCCAUGUGUUAUCCAAGAUAACUAUGCAUCAUUUUCCUGGAACCAUUCUGGAAUUCCGAAUAUUUGACCAGGUACCUUCAUCUGAACGAAGCUAAAUUGCCUGACACAGAGUUUGACAAACGUAGGGUCCAUCCAUACCUAAUAUCAAAAUCCACAUUUUACAUAUUCGGUUGGUGGCCUUGAGAUCCAAACAAGUCCUGUUUAUGCUCAGAUUUAUUUUUCAAAACCCAAAUUUUCAGACAUCAUGUGGGCAUUUUAUUUUUUUGUCUAUUUCACUUUUGCAUUUUGUCACACCUCCAAGUCCACCCCUUUAAGGUGAUUGGUCCAUAAAGACACACCCCUGGAAGAGCUUGAAAACCUAUUUGCAAUAUUUUUUAAUUGAAGCGCAUGCGCGUAUUUGUAUUUAUGUAGGGAAAAAAGACCCAGAACUUGGGUAGAGAAUUAACGGAUUAGGGUCAGACAUAUGAGGGAGGGUCUGUGAGAAUGAGUUUAGAAGGAGGACUGAGAGCCUACUCAGAAAUCAGAGGAGCAGAUAUUUUCCAUUGUGGUCUGAUAAGGGGCUGCAGAAAAUGGUUACCUGCAAGAAAGGAAAGAAGGAGCUAGAAAGAAAGGUGUUUGCUAAACGUUAAUUGACCCUUUUGUUUAAAGGUAUCAAAACAUAAACAGGAAAACUUUGCAAAACGGCAAAGUUAACAGUACCUCCCCAAGUGCAAGCAAAAUAAAUUUUGGGGCCCUAGAACAGAAAAUAUUAUUUAUUAUAGGCAGAAGUACGUGAUGGAAGGAGGGAGGUGGGGAAAUUGCUGGUCUAAUACUUUUCUUCAUUUUACUUGUGGGAAAUUAAUUUGUAGAGGAUAAGGAGGCUAGAUACGUCAAUAUGGGUAAUGACUGCAGAUUGAACUACAAACUGCAUGUCCAACAUAAUAUCAUUUGGAAAAAUAGUUUCUGUAUGGCAAGCAGUGUCUUGUUUUAAACAAACAAACCAGAAGUGUCCUGGGAAACAUUUAACAUUGCUAGUUAUUGAUGUAUCAUUACAGAACAUUAAUUAUCAAAAAUAUAUCGGUUUAGGGUAUAUUUUAAUGAUCUCCUGUAUGUUUAUUUUUUGUAUGACUUGUAUUUGUAUUUUUCUGUAUUUCUGAUUUGACUAUUUAUUUUGUAGCUGUAA